CAACAACAGUCAACAAUGAUUUCCAUCGAAAACAUUUUGUUCACACUUGUAUUCCGGACUCCAAUCUGUAAUCUGGGACAUAUAGCUAGGUAUCUCAUGAUAUCAUUGCAUGCAAUUCAUUGCGGUCACCUACCUCUCAUUCAUCGUUAUAGUACAUUACAACGGUCCUGGUUUACUCAAGGACAGAUACACUCCAGUGGUCAAUAUGCCAGCGUUGAGUAGGGAGGAUCGAUAACCGAUAUCAUGCAGCAAUGAACACCUGGCCCAGUGUUAGAUAGAGUCUGUGUUAAGGUUGUAUUCCAUUCUACGGGGUCUCACGCACCCAUGGCCAAUCGCCACAAGGCUGCCAUGCAAGAACGUGCUUCUUUCAUUGCAGUAAAAACGUUGACAGUCGCGCUGAAACCAUCUACUUCCCCAUUCCUGCCCUCCUUCUUCCAUCUAUGUCCACUACAGCACGAAUAACGCGCAACACGUCCCCGCGAUCUAGUCCCGUACCUGCAGAUACCGACCUCCCGAACGAGAAUACGAUUGACGUGAACGCAGUGACUGAGGAACCUGCCGUGUCUAUCAAGGUCGGCCUUGAUAAAAAUAUCACCCUGGAGCAGAUCCGCGAUCAAAUAAUGCCAGAUAACACCAGCGAGGAACAUGUGGCGUCCAGGAAUAUGUCAGACACCCCACAGCAGACUCCGGACAAUGGGAUGGAGUCGGAUAACGUGAAGGAAAAUUCUGUGGUGUACAUCGAAGGAAAUCUUGCUAAGAAUAUGUCAGAUACACUGGGGCACAUUCUUGAAGUCCUUCGAGAAUCUACUAUCGCAGGAGAACGUGGCAAAGAUGAUAGGUCAAAGUUUUGGGCAAAAUACAAGAAAAUUUCGAAUGGGUACGAUGAUGACUUCCUCAACCGGGCGCAAGGCGAUAUCUUUGUGAUCCUGACUUUUGCUGGUCUGCUUUCAACUGUCAUCGCUACUUUUAUCAUUGGAAUGCAGCCCGACCCAGGAGACACUACCAAUGCCCUCUUGGUGCAGUUCAUAGCAAUCACUGUUAAUGGGUCAAGUGCCGCACACGAUAUCAGCAAUCUUUCCUCGUUGACGGGAUAUUCCUCUUCAACUGUCUGGAUACAAACUCUUACCUAUAUGAGCCUAGCGCUUAGCAUCAUCGCUGCGUUUGGGGCCGUCUUAGGAAAGCAAUGUCUCAAUUCGUACGAGGCAGCUCGGGAAAAAGGAGGAACUUUAGAAGAGAGUGGCAUGCGGAGGCAGAUGAAACUAGAUGGGCUGGUUCGUUUCCAGCUGCGCCCUUUGUUGCAGGCAUUCCUCGUACUCCUCCAGGUUGCACUCGUGCUCUUCAGCAUCUCGCUAUGCCUCAAGACGUGGGCCGACCACGUGCCAACAUUCGGUUUCAUGACAACUAGUGCAACUUGUGUCGCUCUCUCCUAUGCAGGCACCAUCUUCAUGUCAGUAUGGUGGCCCGAUAGUCCUUUCCAGACACCAGGCACAGACAUAAUUCGGGCCCUCUGCAAGAAAAUUCUUCCGAAGAGAAAUCUAUCUCCUUCAUUCGCCAUAUCAUCAGCCAUACGCUGGAUACUAGAGACAUCGACAGACCCGUCCAUUGUCGAGGCUGCGGUUGCGAUGAUACCUUUCGUGCCGUGGUCGCCGAACCUUGAUGCUUCAGCAACCUUUGCACGUUUACGUGAUAUUUUCGUGUCAUGUCAGGACAGGGAAGAGCUAUAUGUGAAGUAUGGCAAAGCCAUGGCCUAUAUUUGCAUCCAGCCGGUGAAAAUCGACGAGGCGCUUCUAAAGCUUUCUUGGAAUGAUAAAUUCCAGGGAAACCGAAGUCAUUUCAUUCGCAAUGCGUUCAUGGCUGGACGGGAUGCCUACCAUCAGCUGAAGAAUUCAUCCAAAGUGAAUGAUAUACUGAAGCAUCGGGCCGAUACACGCACUGCUCUCAGAACGAUGAUUGUGCACGGACAGUCUGUUGAGCUGUCACGUCCGGACGAUGAACAGUUGAUUUGGUCUGGUGAUAUGUGCUGGUAUCACAGUGACGGGCGUGAGCCCAACUGUGAAGAAUUUGAUUGGCUCGUUGAUUACCUGGCGAGCGACGCAAACACAGACUAUGAAACACAAGGCGACGCUUUACUUGCGCUGAGCGCCAUGCAGGAACUGGGGAGCCCUACUAAGCGACUGUCCUACAUCAGCUCGCUUAUUCGCUGUAUGGGUUCCACCAGACCUCCCCGAGUCCGUCAUACUGCGCUUAGAGCUGUUUUUGAAGCCCGAGAAGAACUAGCUUACAUAACCAGUGUAUCGAUGCCAGAGGGUGUCGAUGUACACAUCCUGGAUGAGCUUUCUCGCGCUGUUUUGACUGCUGUACAUCCAAAUGACGACGAGGCAAUCCAUGACACUGAACCUGACGCCUCUUUCCACGAAGAUCGAGACUAUUGCUAUAUCCGCCUCAUCUAUACCCUGACACAGAACGACGAGUGGAUGCAACGUCUGACCCGUGAUGGCCAUCUCGACCGAUGUAUUUCCCUAGUUGACGGAGUGUCUCAAAAGGGCCAUUCGGAUGUCGGAUUCUACCUUCUUGUGAUAUUUGGGCGUAUCAGGUCCUCAGGCAAGGAUCUUCCUUUCAGUCCUGCCGAAGAGAGAUGCUGGCCACUCCUCAAGAACCCAUGGAACUCGGCGAAAUAUCUCGUAGGGGAAGACGGCUAUGUCGAUGAAAUACCAGCCUUCGUGACAGCGACGAGGCUGAAUUUGACAAUCUUGGAUGAUGGUGUCCCGAGAGAGUGGUUCACAGAACUCGCUGAAGAUGUGCAUAUGACUUUGGUCAAUUUGCAACAGAGCCAAGCGAUCCUUGUGGAAGAUGGUGUAGCUCAGGCUACCGUGGAUGCUGCACUAUCCUCUAUGCAGGGUUUGUACGACACUGUGCGUCGUAUGACUGGGGACCAGAACGCCCUGCAGAGGGACGGUGAAACUUAGGGGUACUGAAGGAUAGCAUCAGUAGUGGAGUACUUUUACGCAUUUGUUACGCUCGUCGCAGUUUGUUCUUAUGCUUUUAGGCAUUAAAAAUCCAAAGUGACUGUGGGG